AUGUAUGACGACGACUACGAUCGUAACGAUCCGAGACGCCUCAGCUAUAUAACCUCUCCACUUGGCGAAUCUAUCACCACCAUUCCGCGAGCCACCGCAGGUGCUGAGUCGCUCUCCCCAUCCUCCCCACUACAGAACUCGUUCACAGAUGGGCAAAACACACAGGCCAAUGGCCAACAUCGACCCCCACUGGUGGGAAAGUGGUCUUAUGAGAAGGAGCCCGAUGCCGGACAUCCCGAUGGAACUCGACCGCCCUCUGAGACGGCGACCUCUUCCUUUCCUCUUAACGACAUCGACUACGAGUCGAAUCCGGCCGCCGUGGCCCAAGAAUUGAACAAUCUCGCGGCAAUCCGACGCAUGUCCAUGGAUGUGGCCGCCGCUGGUGACCCCGACCUCCCCGGCUUCUCUCCACCUCCCAGUCCCUCGGCCGACGAAGAUGAUGCCUCCCGCUUAUUCUGGGUCCCCGCGCGAUUACACCCUGAGUUGGCCCCGAAAGAGUUCAAAUCCUUCCUGGACACAAAGGCGGAUCAUCUUAAGCGCAGGUCCGGCGACUACUCUACGGAACGUAAAGGAUCUACAGGUGGGCUUCAUCGCAAGAAGUCGAUGUUGUCAAGGCAAAUCGACAGUUCUGCAGGUUACACCGAUGGCGCCGAUCGACUUGAACGUCAGCGCUCACAGUCAAGUAAACGAGAUGGCGUUCUCGGUCCUAAUCUACAACAGUUGGAAACCUUGGUGGACGAUUCAAACCCGGUGGACAAGGACACACUUCUGCGUGACAUGCAAAAUGCCAGCAUCAGGGAUGAGGACAAACCGAUUCUACCUCCUGCGCCGCUUGGAAACAGUCUUCGGCGGUCCACUCGAACACAAUACAUCAAAGCGGGCACCGUCAAAAAGGGUGAAAAAUUACCCUACUCCAAACGUGUUGGACGAGGGGCCUCUGAGUCUGCAGGGAGUGACACAAGUUCCAGGACUCUUUCACAGCAUGAAGAUCAGGCCAUCUCGGGAUCGACGCGCGUGUCAACUGACCAAGCCCCUACCACUGCGACGCGGCCGGCGCGAACCUCCUCUGCUUCUUCUCGCAGCGGGGCUUAUUCCCCCGCCCUCUCCGCAAGUUCGACAUUCGAAUCCAUCGCCGAUCACCCCGAGGCCGAGCAAGAAGAAUUGUCGACGGCUGGAGGGCAUGGAGAUGCUGCCCUGGACCGACCUGACUCAAGGGAAUCAGACAAUUCACGAAAAUGGCAAUCUCGCAUCAGCUCGAACGGACGUUCCACCGUAAAUGCUGCCCCGGUACAACAGAACAUACCCGCAAUCGUCGAAACACCACCCGCUCCUGAAUCAACCCGCAUACCCAGUCCACCUUCUCAAAGUCCUGCCGCAACAUCGACAUCACAAAAACCUUCACACUCGCACGAAUCAUCAUCAAAACGCUCGAAAAAUGCUCGUCAGCCGCAAGAACCUGCUUCCUCGCUCGGCGACUUGUCCAACAACCCCCAGAUGGUACCUGGCAACAGCACCCGUACCGACAGCCUUUCCUUCAUUCCUACUCUUCCAGAAGAACGCAAAACCGAAGAACGGAAAUCCGACACGAAAAAAUCAAAGGACAAGAAAGACUCGGAAGGCGGUCGCAAGUCCAGUUGGCAUUGGUUGUUGGGAAGUGAAGAAAAGGACAAAAAGAAGGACAAGGAUCACGACUCCAAAAAGAGCAAAUCAAAGGGUACCGAUAAAUCCCAUGACAACACACGUUUGGAUGUACUCCAGUCUUCGAUUGAAAGUACACCGCGAGCGCGCGAAAGCCUGGUUCUGGACCGCCUAGACCCCAAGCUAGAUGAAGAACGCCGCAAAGACAAUGUGAGAAGGACGUCAGGGGAUUCGAAGAAGGAAAAGGAUGGCAUCUUUUCUUCCAUCUUCGGCGGUGGCCGAAAGAAGCAUAGCAGUGAGGGCCACCAUCGCAAACAUUCGUCCCGGAACCUGUCCCCCGACCCUCCAAUGCGGAUACUUCGUGCUGAUCUUGAUUACCCUUGGACCCGCUUCUCCAUUUUGGAGGAGAGGGCUAUCUAUCGCAUGGCACAUAUCAAACUUGCAAACCCCAAACGAGCCCUGUACUCACAGGUAUUGCUGAGUAACUUUAUGUACUCAUACCUGGCCAAGGUCCAACAAAUGCACCCACAAAUGUCGACUGCAUCAUCAGGGUCUUCCCAUAGAUCAUCCUCAAAGUCCAGAGACCAGCCAGAUGAGUAUACGCAAUACCAGCGGUACCAGGAAGUAAGCAAAUCCCCUCACUCUUCUGUGGCCAGCAUACUCAUCACCGAUACCCAGUCUCAGGAGCAACAGUACGCGGAACGCGGAUAUGAUGAUUCCUCUGCUUACGACUAUGACGACGAUCCGCAUGAUCGUUACGGCGCCCAGUCAAGGGGCAGCAAGCAGGGCUAUGAAAACGGCAAUGCUUACGGUCCAGGGCAUUAUCAGUACGGGCACUCGUCGUUUGGCGAUGAUGUCCAACUAGAUGACGAUGACGACGAUGAUAUGUGGUGA